CGUCUGCGAAGAGCGGAAAUCUUCCGGCGGAACGACGUUUCUCCUUCUUUGCCUGAGUCCCGAGCGGAAUCGACGUUUCGUGUCUUUCUAGACUUAAAAAUGCGUUACGUGGCCGCUUACCUUCUGGCUGUGCUGGGCGGCAACAACAGCCCUUCAGCCAAAGACAUCAAGAACAUCCUGAGCAGCGUGGGGAUUGAGGCAGACGACGAGUGCCUGAACAAGGUCAUCAGUGAGCUGAAUGGAAAAGAUGUCAAUGAUGUAUUAAAUGCAGGUCUCUCGAAGUUAGCUUCCGUGCCGGCAGGUGGUGCAGUUGUUGCUACUGCAGCUGCUGGAAGUGCAGCUCCAGCUGCCGGUGCUGCUCCAGCCGUAGAAGAGAAAAAGGAAGAAAAGAAAGAAGAAUCAGAGGAGUCUGAUGAAGACAUGGGCUUUGGCCUCUUUGAUUAAUCUUUUUUUUUUUUUUUUUUUUUUUUUUUUUU